CAUGUUAAAAUUGAUGCAUUUUAGAGGUUCUUUAGUGUUUGAAUAUAAUAAGAAUUUAGAGAGGAAUGUUGAAUUUAUAGAUUAAUUAUUGUAAUCAAGUAAAUACAUUUUAUGUGACAAACAUAAAUUGGGAGAAGACCAUGAAUCUCAUAUUGUUGAUGGAGAUACAAUGCCACCUAUAGAUGUUUGAGUUAUAUU